AUGUCCUUUCGGUCCACCAAUUCGAAGUUCAAACAUGUGCUGACUGGAGCUCCCCUUCUCCCCAGAUCUGAUGCCAGUGAUGCCGGAAGUUGGUCUGGAGUUGCAUUCACGUCGGCCUAUCCCUGCAGGUCACUUGCUGUUGCGUGGCCUCCUGACAUCUAUGAAACCAGCCGCAUCCAACUCAGUUCCUUCUACACCCCAGCAUCUUGGAUUUCUGGUGCGGUGGUGUACGGCUAUCCUGAAGGACGGACACACCCCAAUGCGCGUCCCAGGACAGAAAUGCUUUUGGAUUUUGCCUUGGAUCGACUUUUGCUCCAACCUGGGCCGCGGUUCAUGGCAGGCGACUGGAAUUUUCCUGUCGAAUCGUUACACAUCGUUGACAGGCUGCAUCAACUGGGCUGGGUUGAAGUCCAAGACUUGUGCCUCUCUCGGACCGGCCGACCCAUUGUCAAUACCUGCAAAGGUGCUACCAGAAAGGACUACCUGUGGCUUUCGCCCGAGCUUGCUCUUGGAUUUUUGGAUCUCCAUGUGGACUCCGAAACCUUUGCCGACCACGCUGUCCUUGUUGCGUCCUUUGUUGGUGGCCGUGCACACCUCGAACGUUUUGUUUGGCCGUGCCCUAAACCUGUUCCAUGGUCUAAGGUCUCUGUCAUGUCUGAGAGUGUGCCUUUUUGUUCCCCGCAUGACCCCACUCAGCAGUAUUCCAAGCUUUGGCACCAAAGAGAAUCCCAAGCUCAGCUUGACUUGGCUGAUGAAUGGAUGCCGGGUAUGGCGGGCAGGGCUGCACAAAUCAAGCCCAGACGGGUCACUAGUAGCCAAGUGCCCUUGAAGCAAGGUCGUGCAGGCGACAUCCAGCCGGCCUUCUUUGGAUUUUCAGCAGUGCACGCCAAACAGUUCAAGCAACUCCGCAGGCUGCAGAACUUCUGUCGGUGGGUUGACCAGCGUCCCCAAACUGGCAUUGUUGAUUGCUUGCAUGGCAUUGGACUUUGGAAUUCCAUCCUUCGGGCCCCUGGAUUUGGCUCUUCUUUCUCUGAGUGGUGGCAUUCGCGUCACUACCGCAGUCCUGCUGACCCUGUCCACAUCCCUCAGAUAUGUCCCAGUCCUUGCCAGGCUCGGCAGAUCUUUGAUGCGGUGCUUGCUGAAGUCCGACUGCUGGAGCAAAGGUUGAACCAUGCCAGGGCUGCCCACCGAGUUGCCCAACAUGCCCAUGAUCGGCAUCUUGUGUUCCGGGAAGUUGCUCGUGAACCCCCUGAACCGGUUGAAACGUUGAUCCAUCGGGUUGAAGCUGAGGUUGUUCAUGUUGACUUGUCUGAGAGCGCUGUUGAACUUGCUGGCCCAGUCAGCCUUGACCCUUGUGAGACGUUGUGGAUUGCAGGCAAGGAACGCAAUGUUAUCCAUGCAGACCAUGACAAAGUUUGGCUCACUGAGGUGGAUGAUGUUCAUCCGAAGUCGAAGUUGGUGCAAUCCAGACAUGUGGGCGACCUGAAGGCCAUUUUUGAUGCUUUUCAUGAGCAGUGGCAAUUGCGUUGGUGCAAGCAUGAUGGAGUGCCUUUCUCACAUUGGUCUGAACUUGUGGCUUUUGCACAGCGGGUUAUUCGUCCUAACCGGCUGCCUCACCUUGUUGUUGAUGGUCCCUUGAUCCAAGCCGAAGGGGCACGCAAAAAGAAGAAAGCAGCCACUGGCCUUGAUGGUGUCAGUCGUGCCGAUCUUCUCUCAGCGGAUCCUUCCACCCUACAGAGCUUGGCCGAUCUUUACACCCGUGCGGAAUCAGAUGGGCAUUGGCCCAGUCAACUUGUUGCGGGCAAGGUCCAUUCAUUGGCCAAAACAACCUCAGCUGCGUCAGUCGGUGACUACAGACCCAUCACAAUCUUUGGACUUCCAUAUCGCAUUUGGAGCAGUGUCCAGUCUCGAUACUUGCUGCGAUUUGCAGAAAGCUGGGUUGAUGAAAGUGUCUAUGGCAAUCGCCGUGGACGCCAAGCUUCAGACCUUUGGACUUUCUUGUUGCAUGAGAUCGAGAAUGCGUACGCCACUUCCACUCCUUUGGCUGGCGUUUCGGCUGACUUGGUGAAAUGCUUCAACUGCGUUCCUCGGUUUCCUGCGUUGUGCCUUGCGGUUUUGGUUGGAACACCGGAUGCCGUCACCACGGCAUGGAGCGGCGCUUUGGCUCAGAUGUGUCGCCACUUCAAAGUGCGUGAUUCCUACUCGGAUGGAUUUCUGACCAGCACUGGACUUGCUGAGGGUUGCGGCUUGAGUGUCUAUGGAAUGCUUCUGGUUGACAACCUUUUUGCGUGUUGGAUGCGGGUGCAGGCUCCCUCCAUUCGGUGUUUGACUUAUGUUGAUGAUUGGCAGACAUUGACGAUGGAUCCCAACUUUGCCAUUCGUCAACUUGACCUUGUGGAGCAGUUUGCCAGUUACCUUGACCUCACUGUCGAUCGCCGCAAGACUUUUGGAUGGGCCACCUGCCCCAACAUGAGGCGAAUCAUGCGGGAAGGAGGUAUCACUGUCUUUCACCAUGCCCGUGAGCUUGGAGGCCAUUUUGGAAUUUCCAGGCAAUACACAAAUAGCACCCUCACUGAUCGGCUUUCCAACCUUGAUUCCUUUUGGGACAAGCUUCGCCUUAGCAAAGCUCGGUACCCUGCCAAGCUGUUUAUGCUUCGAGCGGUUGCGUGGCCACGUGGGCUCCAUGCUGUCUCUAGUGCCCCUGUCGGAGAUCAGAUUUGGCUCCAAGUGCGUAGAAGCGCGGUCAAAGCGCUGGGCUGGCAGAAACCAGGUGUCAACCCGGCAGUCCUUCUUGGCAUGGUUGAGUACAUGGUUGACCCGCAGUUUGUUGGCUAUCUUUGGACUUUUCGUGCGUUGCGCGUGCACAGCCCGGUGGAGUUUUGGGCGUCUGUUGUUGCCCCGCUGGCUCAUGGAGACUUGGACUUGCCUCCCAACUCCCCUGCGGCUGUUGUUCUCCACCGCAUUCAUUCCCUUGGAUGGUCCGUGCAGCGUUCCGGCCAUGUCAGUGACCAGUUUGGCUCGUUUUGUCUGCAGUCGUGCAAUUGCAUGGAGCUUGAACUUCGCCUUGCUUGGGCUUGGAAUUCAGUUGUUGCACAUAAGGUUGCCCACCGCUCUGACUUCCAAGGGCUCACUCAUGUGGAUCUAAGAGCCACACGUCAAGCUCUGCAAAGCUUGCCAGUUGAUGACCAAGCACUCUAUCGUUUGAGCCUUGCGGGCGGGCUGUUCACUGAGCGGUACAAAGCCAAAUGGACCGACAAACCAGACACCUGUCGAUGGUGUGGGGCCUCAGAUACCUUGCGGCAUCGUUACUGGGAGUGUCCUCAACACCAUGACCUCCGGACUGCUUUGGCUCCUGACGUUCCAGCCGUGUUGGACUUUCUUCCACCUGCCCUUGCGCUUCGUGGAUGGGCACAGCUUCCUCCUACCUGGCACACCUGGACUCAACUCCUCUUGGACUUGCCUUCCGAUCCCCCAGUGCCAUGGACUUCCCUGGACUCUGACCGUUGGGCUGACCUGUUCACUGAUGGUUCCUGUCUGUGUCAGUCGAACCCCCUGCUGCGUUGUGCUGCAUGGUCGGUUGCUGUGGUUCCACCCUUUCAAGCCGAGUGGGCUCCUGGACAGGUGCAGAUGCUUGCCGCCUCCUACCUACCUGGGUUGUGCCAAACCGCCUACAGAGCAGAAUUGUAUGCUGUUGCCUAUGGUCUUCAUUGUGCAGCAGCGACAAACACACCGGUGCGUAUCUGGACAGAUUGCAAAGGAGUGCUUUUGAAGUUUCAUGCAUUGGUGCGAGGCCACAGCAGACUCAAUCCCAAUCGAAGCAAUGCAGAUUUGUGGACGUGGGUUUUGCAAUCAGUUGACAGGCUUGGCAGCGAGAAUGUGCAGCUGUUCAAGGUGCCGGCUCACCGCGCUCUGCAUAGCGCUACCAGCCGUAAGGAAGCGUGGAUGUUUUUUCACAAUGACUAUGCGGACAAGGCGGCCAGACUUGCAAACCAGUCAAGGCCCAGUGGAUUUUGGCAAGUUUGGGAGCGACAUGCAAGUGCAGUUGUGACAGCCGACAAUCUGUUUCAUCAGGUGCGGGAUUUACAGCUUGCAGUUGGAAGGCGACAGGUUCAGGCCAGCGUCAAUGUUGCCGCAGAUCCUGAGCCUGAACCUGUUCGCUCUACGAGAGUUUUUGUCAAGGAGUUUUCCCUGGGACAAUGGACGGGCGACAUUCCUGCACAGGUUGCACGCCUUUUUGGGCUUGAAAUUGUGCGGAAAGCUAUAGCUUGGUUUCGUGCUCGAGUUACAACUGGCGCUGGAGGAACCCUGGAAUGGAUCUCGUUUCAUCAGCUCUACAUUGACUUCCAGCUCACAUGGGGACACCCAGGACCGAUCAAGGUCCAACGGCAGUGGGUGGACGCCGCCAUGCGUCCGUACCUUGCUCCGGAAGCGUUUUCCAGCAGGGUUCGGGUACGUUGGUUCCGGCAGAUGAUGAAAGCAAUUUGGCAAUCGACUGGUGUGGCUGUGGCUCUCCAACAAUGUAGGCCGAAUUCCAAUUUGCUGCAAGCGUAUCUGCCUUCUGCAUCGUUACCCUGGGACACACGUGCGGUGCAGGAAGUUGAGACCUGGCUGUCGACGGCCUUGACGCGGCCGUGCACCCGUGAUGCAGGGGUGCUCAAGAGCCUGCCCUUAGCAGCCAAGCUGGUUCGGAUGCAGGUGUCGGCGAUUGACAUUGGACAAUCUGGAUAUGGGGAUG